AUCUCUCUCUCUCUCUCUCUCACACACACACACACACUCAUCAAUGGCCAUUCCAGCAUUCUCUAUUGGUGCUCUUCUAUUCUCUCUCUUCAACGUAUGCUUUCGCAGCGCUUACGGUGACUAUGGAGGCUGGCAAGGUGCCCAUGCUACUUUUUAUGGUGGUGGUGAUGCCUCUGGCACAAUGGGGGGUGCUUGUGGAUAUGGCAACUUGUAUGGGCAGGGCUAUGGAACCAGCACUGCAGCACUCAGCACUGCUCUAUUCAACAAUGGCUUGACCUGUGGUGCCUGCUACGAGAUCAAAUGCAACGAUGAUCCCAAAUGGUGCCUCCCCGGAACCAUCACUGUCACCGCCACAAACUUCUGCCCCCCUAACCCUAGUUUGUCUAAUGACAAUGGUGGUUGGUGCAAUCCUCCCCUCCAACACUUUGACUUGGCAGAGCCUGCUUUCCUCCAAAUCGCCCAAUAUCGAGCCGGAAUCGUCCCCGUAGCUUUCCAAAGGGUGCCGUGUGUGAAAAAAGGAGGAAUAAGGUUCACAAUCAAUGGCCACUCUUACUUCAACUUGGUGUUGGUCACCAAUGUUGGGGGUGCAGGGGAUGUCCAUUCAGUGUCAAUCAAGGGUUCCAAAACAGGGUGGCAACCCAUGUCAAGAAACUGGGGGCAAAAUUGGCAAAGCAAUUCCUAUCUCAAUGGCCAGAGCCUCUCCUUCCAAGUCACCACCAGUGAUGGAAGGACCGUGACAAGCAACAACGUGGUGCCUUCUAAUUGGCAGUUUGGACAAACAUUCAAUGGUGGUCAAUUUUAAGUUUCCAAGAUUAGGGUUACAUUUGAAGUACGUGGUGGUAUUGGGGUGAGUAGGUUUGGGAGAGACUCAGGGAAGUGCCUACCUAUUGCUGUGGUGCUAAUUAGUACCCGCUUAGGCCUAAAUAUAUUUAGGAGGUUUGAGAUUUAUUAGUUACCUUGAAAACAAGGGCAUUUAUGGGAACCCUUGUAUUGAUAUCAAGGCCAUUUGAAUAUAUAUAUAUAUAUAUAUAUAUAUAUAUAUUACAGUGUUUGCAGAUUUAAUCCCCAAGGUUGAUGAAAAACCUAAUUAGGGCCAACUUGUAUCAUUGAAUUAUCUUAAAUAUAUUGGAGCAUUUACUUUUUCUUUAA